UAAAGAAGCAACAUGCCUAACGUCACUUCUUGGACCGAGACGGAGAUCAGCGUCUUGAUUCAAACAUGGGCCGAGGUCGAGGCCAAGUACCCUAUACUUCAACGUGGGUCAGUCGGAUCAGUCACGAUACACUCGAAGAUGUACGCUCUGUAUUCGAAGCGAUGUCCCUUUGCUCGCUCAUCCUCGGCUGUCAACCGGGCGAAGAAUCUCUUGCGUAUCUUCGUUCUGUUCGUGCACCAGUUUAAUGAAGAGCGUCGACAAAAAGGAGAGCGACUGUGGUUUGAUAUCAACGUUACAGAGCGUCGAGACGCAGCGCCGAUGAAGCUACGGGGACUGGCAGUAACGGUGAACCAAGAGGCUUAUGCGAGACUCAUGACUAUGGAGAGAGCACAACGAUGGCUGGCUGCCACGGCGGAAGUAAAACAAGAACGACCGCGUUUGACCCAACUUGAAGCUGCUGGAGUCUCGAACGGGGACGAAUUGUCCCUAUCGUCUGAGGCUAGCACCCCAUGCACCGAACAAGGUGCAGAUAAAUCCGAAAGCCGAGCCUCCAUUGCGGCGCCACAACGUUCUAGUAGCAGUUCCUGCAGUCCGUCUUCGCUCUUUGGUGACGAUAGUGAAUUGUCCUGUUCAUCUUCUUCAAAUACGACGAAGUCCCACAAGAAACCGGAGCUGCCGGCAAAGCUCAAGCAUCGAGAUUGUAAUAUUCUUCUGGAGAGCAUGAUGAAGCUCCAAGCCGAGAAGAUGCGUCAUGCUGUCACUAAGCUACGUACGGAUAUAAUUGGUGCUCUCCAACACAGCUCAGAAAUGUUACUCUCGAUUAUCAGCAACCAGUUUGAAGAAUCAGAAAGCAGUGGAGACAUCGCGUUCGUAACCAAAGUGCUGAAUAUGCAGAAGCAACAGGUACGAGAUCGAUUCGAUCAGUUCGAGGAGAAACAGACACGUCAAGAAGCUGAAAACCGUGCUCUUAUCGGGUAAUGAGGGUACUCAAGGGCGAAAGGUGUGCGUGUGUGUAUUGGUUUACGAAUUUGAGUAAGUUUGAUAAAAAAAGCUCUAUCUUUUUGUUGUUGUU